AUGCCUACUCUCCCCCUUGAUGUUAUUACAGUUGCUGAACAAUUCAUUCAUACAAUUGUCACUACUAAGGAUUUACAUUAUCAGGUUGCUUGCACCUUUGUUUAUGGUCUUCAUUCUAUUCAGCAUAGGUCUGCUAUGUGGGCUGGAAUCAAGGCCUUGGGUAAUAUUCAGUUACCCUGGAUUUGUAUUGGAGACUAUAAUUAUAUCCUCUCUUCUGAUGAUAGAUUUAAUGGGAAUCCAGUUACUGAUUAUGAAGUUAAGGAUUUCAAGGAUUUUGUGCAUGACUUGGAGCUUGUUGAAAUCAAGAGUAAAGGCUCCUUCUACUCUUGGAAUAUUAAGGGUCAUGGUAUGAAUGGGUCUGCUUCUCGAAUUGAUAGAGGGUUGAUUAAUGAGGCUUGGGUGUUGGCUUAUGGUCAAACUGAAGUAGUUUACCUCCCUCCUUCUCUCUCGAAUCACUGUCCUGUUCUAGUUGAUGUUGCUCAUUCAGUUGCUGGAAAAGGAAAACCUUUUAGAUUUCUGAAUUGUCUUGCCUCUCAUCAAGAUUUCCUUGAAAUUGUGUCCUCUCACUGGGAUGUUUCUAUUUCUGGGAAUGCUAUGUUAUUUGAAGAAGCUAGGUUCUCUUUAGCUGAGGUUCAAUCUCAUUUAGCAGAGGAUAUUACUAAUGUUUCUCUCCAAACUCAGGAAGCUAAGAGAAUUGAAGAAGUGAAGUAUUGGAUAAAUACUUAUGAGAGUAUUCUAAAGCAGAAAUCAAGAGUAGAUUGGAUCAAGCUUGGGGACUCUAAUUCUCAUUAUUUCUUUUCUGUUCUUAACCAAAGAAAGAAUAGGAAUAGAAUUGACUCCAUUUACAUUAAUGAUGAUAUUAUUCUUAAGGAUCCUGCUAUGGUGCAAGCUGAGAUUAUUGGUUUUUACAAGAAGUUGCUAGGUUCUGCUGCUAGCACUUUGCCAGCUGUUGAUAUUGUUGUGGUUAGGGUUGGGAAACAACUUUCUUCUGAGGAUAUUGCAAUUCUCUCUGCUCCUAUUUCUCACUCUGAUAUUGAUCAUGCUUUGGCUAGUAUUGGGGAUGAUAAAGCUCCUGGUAUAGAUGGGUUCAAUACUGUGUUUUUCAAGAAAACUUGGAAUCAUGUGAAAACUGAUGUUUACAAAGCUGUUUUGGAUUUCUUUUUGACACUGGUCAUUACUGCAAGGUUAGCAAAAUUUGUUGGGUCAGUUGUAAAUGAUGCUCAAGCCGGGUUUAUCCCUGGGAAACACAUUGGUGGCAACCUAAUGCUUGCAACAGAAUUAGUUAAGGGUAAUUCUCACAAAUAUGUUACUCCAAGGUGUCUACAGGACAUGACUAAGGAUCCGUAUUUUAACUUUCAUCCUAGGUGUGAAAAACUUGGGAUUACUCUUUUAAUGUUUGCAGAUGAUCUUCUCUUGUUUGCAAGAGCUGAUUUGGAUUCUGUUAAGUUGCUUUUCAUGGCUUUUCAGAAAUUUUCUAUGGCUUCAGGCUUAUUUGCAAAUCUGGAUAAAAAAGAUGCCUAUUUUGGAGGUAUAUUAGAUCAAGAGAGAUGUGAGCUUCAGCAGGUCCUUGGGAUGGCUAAUGGUACUCUUCCCUUUAGAUUUCAAUUAUAUAAGAGUGUCCUCUUUGGCAUUCAAGCUUUUUGGGCUCAGAUCUUUGUGUUGCCAAAGAAAAUUAUCAGAGAAAUGGAGCCAGAUUCAGAUGUUUCCUUUGGUCUGGGAAAAAAUUUGUGGACUGCUCCUAUUCCUAAAAAGGCAUCUUGGAUUUUGAAAAAGAUCCUUGCUUCUAGAGAUAUUGUGAACAACAUGGGUGGAUGGUCAAAUGUUACUGUAAAAUGGCUUGUUACUAAAGACAGACUUCUGGCUCUUGGUUUCACUAGGUCUAUUCUUAGUUUUACUGAUGAACUGCAAUGGAUCAUAAAGUAUUGUAGGAAGAAUGAUGUCAGAAGUAAGCUUAUUGUGAUGUGCUUCUCUGAGACUGUCUAUAAUAUAUGGCUGUAG